AUGAAAAGCCCGAAUUUUAUGAACUACAGGGUUGAUGUUCAUACCUGUGGAAAAGUAAUGGUGAAAUAUCUUGGAGAAGCUUCUUACCCCGAUGAACUCUCGGAGUUCUUCAAAGUUUAUAUGGCUGCUCUUUGGUCUGAAAGAUUGGUCAUGCUUGGAACGUCAUCAAACCUCUUUUGGAAGGUUCGCAUAAACAAAAUCAAUGAUGAUCUCUAUUUUGAGGAAGGUUGGCCAGAAUUUGUGCAAGAAGAUUCAUUGGCACAUGGAGAAUUUCUAACCCUUUCUUAUGCUGGUGACUCAAAGUUCUAUGUUAAAAUAUUCGCACCAAAUGGCUGUAGAAAGAGAGUUGCCCCUCAUCGAGUAAGCGAGAAUGAACCUUUCAAUUUAUGCCAAGGGAACGAGGCAUCAAGACCUGGUAAAUUCUUGCAUAACUACUGGUUCCUUUUUUGUUGA